ACCACCACCACCUCUUGUACCACCACCACCUCUUGUGCCACCACCACCACCGGGAAGAGUGUGCUAUACGGCGGCGUGGAGGUGGUGCACACCGACCAGGGUCCGGUGAGCGGCCUCCACUGUGUGGACCACCACACCUCCACCCCCACCACCACUACCGCCUCCACCACCUCCCCGACGCUUACGCCCUCCACCCCCACCACCACCACCGCCACCACCACCACCUCCAGCGGUACCAUCAGUGGAGGGGGCACGUCAGUCAUCAGCAGCAGCAGUACAACAGCGUGGGUGAGCAGCAGCGGGAGCAGCAGUAACAGCAGUAACAGCAGCGGGGGUCCCGGUAAUAAGGCGUCGCCACUCUCCCUCACCUCGCUCAAGGCUGCCUGGAGGAACCUCACCAGUCUAGGGCUGGGGUCGUCCCGCCUGCCGCACCUCGAGCGACCCGACGUGGGUGUGAGUGAGCCUCACGACUACCGGUAUACUCACUUCCCCAACAAGCGUCACCACAAGGAGACCGCCUUUGACGAGACUCACAUACACCUCACCCCCACCUCCCGCACCUACACCCACCCCCACCGUAGUCCCGUCCCACCCCCGCCCCACGCCCACACCCCGCCCCCCCGCCCGCAGGUGCCCGAGGCCACCCUCACGCUCGCCAAGUGCCUUAGGAAACACAGGGAGAAGCAGCAGGCCAGGGCACUAACUCGUAAGUCAAAGUCAGACAAUGCUCUACAAAAGAUCGGUGUUCAUUUAAAAUCUCACUCGGACCAGAACCUGCACAAAGUGUGGCUAAAUAGUGUUAAUAGUGGUAGUGUGAGCUGUAGUAGUAACAGCAGCAAGAGUAACUCAGUGUUUAGUACUGUUCAGCUGUCGGGCGGGAGUGGUGACAGCUGCGGCAGUAGUAGCAGCAGCUGCAGGAGACACCACCGCUCUAAGUCCCUGGAGCGGCACCAGGGCGCCCGCGUCCACCCGCUCCCGCCCCUCGCCCACCACCGCCACACACGCUCCCUCGAGAGGAACCACAAGUUCACCGUUGACCUCAGGUCCCUCUACCCCAGUAAGGACGAGCCUCCGGAGCACCAGGCACCUCCGCCCCCCAGCCUCACGCCGACGCACGUGCCGUGGGCGCCGGAUGCCGUGGAGGGCGUGAGCGUGCACGGCCAGCAGCAGCAACAGGUGUGGCUGGGCGGCAUGGAGGGGGGACACGCGACCGGCGGCGGGGGGUCCUUCAUCAACAAGCCCGCCAGGGGCUGGCUACACCCUGACCACCAACUGGCGGACGACGGCAUCUGUUACGGCGUCAGG